CUUUCUUUUUCACAUGGAGAUUUUAAUUUGAUAGGUUUUGUUAUUAAAUUUAAUUAUCUAGUAAUUUAUUUAAUUUAAUAUCAGUUCAUAAUCCUUAAGACGUAGUCGUCAGUUUGUCCGAGUCGAAUUAGUUUUUUAAUUACAACAAGGCCAACUAUGUUCAUUUAGCUAAUAGAAAUGUGAAAGGUCAAUUAACAUUGAGGAUCUUUAUAGGUUAGCAUAUCUACGGCUAUUUGUAGCAAACACGUAGAAAAACUAAAUAAGGAUCUUGUACCUAUAUUCUGCCAUUGUAUCAGAGCGAGGGCGACUAAACCACAAGAAUGGUUGAAGUCGAAGAAAAGGUGAAAAUGCGCAAGCAACUUGGUUUGUUGGAAGGAGUCGCGAUUAUAUUGGGGAUUAUAUUUGGUAGUGGUAUUUUUAUAUCACCCAAGGAAGUCCUGCUUAAGACUGGAUCAGUUUGGGGUGCUCUGUCCGUCUGGGCAGCAUGUGGAGUCCUGGCCACUCUUGGAGCUUUAUCCUAUGCAGAGUUAGGAACUGCUUUGGCCCAAAGUGGCGGUGACUACCACUAUAUUAACGAAGCAUAUGGACCAUUACCCGCUUUUCUUUACCUUUGGGAUGCCAACUUAGUUUUCGUACCAAGUACCAAUGCAAUCAUGGCACUGACUUUUGCCAACAAUAUACUCCAGCCAAUUUUUCCAAAUUGUGCCAUAGACCCUAUAUGCCGGAAACUAAUAGCUGCAGUUACUAUAAGUUUUCUUAGUUUUUUAAAUGCGUAUGAUAUAAAAUUCACAACACGAGUCCAAAAUGUUUUCAUGUUCACAAAGAUCUCGGCUCUAGUUAUUAUAAUAGGAGGCGGGAUUGUUUGGAUGGCGCAAGGUGGUGUGGAGCACUUUGAGGACGGGUGGGCGGGUACCAAAACAUCUGUCAGUGACUGGUCUGUCGCGUUCUACUCUGGAAUCUUCUCUUACUCUGGCUGGAGUUACUUAAAUUUUAUGACGGAAGAAUUGAAGGAUCCGUUCGUGAAUCUCCCUCGUGCGAUAUACUUGUCUUUGCCGAUGGUCACUGGUAUCUAUCUGUUGGCAAACAUGGCCUAUCUGGCCGUAUUAGGACCAGUUGGCGUUCUGGCAACGGAAGCUAUCGCUGUUGAUUUCGCAGGGAUGGCUUUAAGCUGGAUAAGAUAUAUAAUGCCCGCUCUAGUCGCCAUAGCCGUGGUAGGUGGCCUGUCCGUGCAUAUAAUGGCCGCCUCCCGAAUGUGCUUCGCCGGGGCUCGAAACGGUCAUAUGCCGGAAUUAUUGGCGCAUAUCAAUUUCAAAUGCAUGUCUCCGCUACCCGCUUUGACGUUUCAUAUGCUGAUGUCUAUGAUAAUGCUGAUACCGGACAACCUGACCUCUCUCAUCACCUACUGUACGGUCGUGGAGUCAUUGUUCACCACACUCAGCUGUAGCGCAGUACUAUGGCUGCGAUACAAGAAACCCGAACUGAAGAGACCUAUCAAGGUCCAAUUAUGGAUGCCAAUAGUGUUCGUAGCAGUGUGCUCGGUUCUCUUAGUGGUUCCCAUAGUGAGCGAACCCGUGGCCGUCAUAGCUGGGGCCCUGAUGACUCUCGCUGGGGUCCCAUUCUAUUAUCUGUUCGUCAAGACUACGCCGGAGUGCGUCAGGAACUAUUCAGUGAAAUUCACACACGGGUGUCAAAAGCUGUUUUUAACUGCUGUGGAAGACAAGGAAUCCUAAUAAAUGUUAGUAAAACUAUAUUUUGUACACGGAAACUCAGUGCCAGACUAGCAAAGCUUCCCAUUCAUAGCAUUUAGCUAUAGAUAAGUAAUUGAAAUGUUGUUUAUUUAAUAUCAGUUGCAUCACGAUUCUUAUUCCCUAUAAGGUAACCAUGGACCUUUUUGCGGACUCUUUAGUGGGUUGUAGAGGGUUUUAGUGUUCAUUCACUAAACCUAAAACUAGUUACGAUAUACAGUGAAAAACUUCUUGAAACACAAUUUUGUUUAUAGGUUCACUUUUGAUACUCUUUGAUACUGAUUAAUAAUAAUGUAGUAGUUGUUAAUGUUUUGUAUAUUUUGUUGAAUAGGAAUUUCCGGUUUGAUAUUUAUCUAAAUAUCAUUGUCUCUACCAUAUCAUACCGUUCGUUCAUGGUAUGCAUUCUCAUUAAAAUAAUAAACAUUUAAUUCUGUGUUAAAAAGAAAUAAAAAUAUGUUAAAACCAAUAUUACAAAACAUUAAUUUUAUAAUGUUAAUUUAAAAACUGCCGUCUCGCUCCCCAUAAGCGUAAAGGUAAACCAAAAGAGAUACUUAUUUUCGCGUUUCUUAUAUUUGCAAAGAAUUAGUAAAGGCAUAAGACUUACUUGAAAUAAACCUACAAACCAUCUCGAAUCUUGACAAGUAUUAUUUAGUAUUUUUCGGUAUACUAUGGUAGAUAUUUAAUAGGGUUUCUCAUUUUUUUAAAGUAAUGAUAAGAAGGUCUUUCUAAACAAGCUUGGUGCCUUAACAUGUAUUGUAAAUUUUUGCUAAGCUAUUAAGAAUAACUUUAUAAUCUCUACAUGAACUGAUUAAUGUACAAUUACUGUUUUAUUUUUCUUUAUCAUCGGUUGCAUUAUUGAUAAGGAUAUUUUCAACUUUAAAUGUUUUAUUUAUCUUUUUUAUAUGGUAUCUUUUUCCAUUUUUUAUUUAAACAAGAAAAUAUUUUUAAUUGUUUUUUUUUAACGUUGGACCCAAAUUGAUGUCCAGAGCUUACAGUAAGCGUAUAUUAUACUAUUGUUUAAUUUAUUUAUUUGAUAAAAUUUGUAUAUAGGCCAGAGAAAAAUAAAGAAUGAUUUAAAAUGCUCUCUUAUUUUCUAGUCGCAAUAACCCAAGAAUUUAUAGGUUUAAUUGAAGAACAAUUUAUAUAAUUACCAUUUUUAUGUAAAGUCGGGUGGAAAAACCUACGUUACGUACACGUUUAUGGAAAAGUCCCUGGACUACUUUUUCACUUGACUGUACUUUACUUUAGGAGCAUAUACAUAAGUGUGAUUUUUGAAAUUGUUACUCAUAGGCGGUUUCAUUAUAUUACCUAAUAAGGGACUCGCACAUAUGUUUUCACAAACAUAUUUAGUCAUAAGGCUUUCUGUGUGUGUUUUAUAUUGUGUAUUUUUGUAGUAUUUUAUAAGUAAUAAUGUUUUGAAUACGUCAUCCGUUUUACCGUUAACUAUUUUAGUAGUUUACCAGAAAAUUUUAGUUAUAUAUCCUCGUGUGGAUUGGACUAUAUCCCCAAUGGGAUAGCUUCGCCGUUGUUUCUCAUUAUUUAAAAAUUUUUAGGAAUCUCAAAUAAAAACACAAAACGGCGUGCUUAACAAACUCAUUUUCGACUGCCUUUUUUAGUAUUUCAGUGUAUAAUGUUUACUGAUCGACCUAGUUUUAGUUAUUUGUUUUAAUACACCUAUUUAUAUUUAUCAACGCUGACCUGAAGUGUUAACUUGUUCACGUAUGUUUGUUUUGAUUGUGUAACUCCGGUGCUAUCAUACUUUCAGACACCAAGAUUAUCGAUAAUUAUGUCUCAGUUCAUAUGUCACUUAUUUAGCUGUAAUUUUUUUCCUGAUAAAGCUGUGAUGGUUUUUCAUGUGACAGGAGAAGUUACUAGUUCGAUCCUUUAUUUUUUUCAUUAAAUAUAAAGCCUGUAUCUGCGGUAUAAAACCAUAUAGUAAGAAAAGGAUUAUUUCUUCAUCUUUUUUCGUAAGUUAUGCAAUUUUAAAAGUGGAUAAUGUGAUUUUAGUGAAAGUUAGUUAAUGUAUAGCUGCUAAACGUGUGGAAACAGAUUAAAAUAGUGUAAAAAAUGGAUGACAUAAUAUCUUGUUGUGGUGUUAGUUUGUUUUAAAGUUUAACAUAUAUUAAAUUAUGUG